AUGACGGUUAAAAUUUCAGUUUUUGCUGUCGUUCUGAUUGCGACUUGUGUCCGCGCUAGUCUCUACCAGCCACCGGUGCCACCCACAUUAUCAUUGAGCAUGCCAUAUAUGCCCAACUAUCCAGAAGAUAAUCCAUGCUUCAAUGAAUUCAAGAAAAGUGUAUACACUAUGAAUCAAGCUUUAGCCAAUAUAAUUGCCGCUGCUAGAAGUGCCUACAAUUACCAUACUUUAUACAAAAACCAGCCAGGCCUCAAUAUGGAAAUAAAUGAAAAGAAAGAAAUUUUCGACAAAGCUCUAAACUUCUUUGAAAAUAAGUUGCUUAAAUACCGCCAAGCGUUGAUCAACUACAAAGCGUUAUUAGAGUAUACUAAAAACUCUCCUCCAGUCGUAUCAAUGGACGACGACAUUCCCAUAGAUCGUGAUUUAUUGUAA